AGGGCGGGCUGAAGCAGCUGAAGCAGCAGCAGCAGCAGCAGCGGCGGAGGCUCCGGCAUAGGGGCGGGAGCUGAGGCGGGAGCGGACCGGCUGGUGGGAGAGCGAGAGGCGGCGGAAUGGUGGACUACCACGCGGCGAACCAGUCGUACCAGUACGGCCCCAGCAGCGGGGGCAAUGGUGCUGGCGGCGGGGGUGGCAUGGGCGACUACAUGGCCCAGGAGGACGACUGGGACCGAGACCUGCUGUUGGACCCGGCCUGGGAGAAACAGCAGCGCAAGACCUUCACAGCCUGGUGCAACUCCCACCUGCGCAAGGCGGGCACGCAGAUCGAGAACAUCGACGAGGACUUCCGCGACGGGCUCAAGCUCAUGCUGCUCCUGGAGGUCAUUUCAGGGGAGCGGCUGCCUAAGCCCGAGCGUGGGAAGAUGCGGGUGCACAAGAUCAACAACGUGAACAAAGCCCUGGACUUCAUCGCCAGCAAAGGGGUCAAGCUGGUCUCCAUCGGAGCGGAAGAGAUCGUAGACGGCAACGCCAAGAUGACGCUGGGCAUGAUCUGGACCAUCAUCCUCAGGUUCGCCAUCCAGGACAUCUCCGUGGAAGAGACCUCUGCCAAGGAAGGGCUCCUCCUCUGGUGCCAGAGAAAGACGGCGCCAUAUAAGAACGUCAACGUGCAGAACUUCCACAUCAGCUGGAAGGACGGUCUUGCCUUCAACGCUCUGAUCCACCGGCAYCGGCCAGAGCUGAUUGAGUACGACAAGCUGAGAAAGGACGAUCCAGUCACCAACCUGAACAAUGCCUUCGAAGUGGCUGAGAAAUACCUCGAUAUCCCCAAGAUGCUGGAUGCAGAGGACAUCGUGAACACGGCCCGGCCCGACGAGAAGGCCAUAAUGACCUAUGUGUCCAGCUUCUACCAUGCCUUCUCAGGAGCGCAGAAGGCCGAGACCGCGGCCAACCGCAUCUGCAAGGUGCUCGCCGUCAACCAGGAGAACGAGCACCUGAUGGAGGACUACGAGCGGCUGGCCAGCGACCUCCUGGAGUGGAUCCGGCGCACCAUUCCCUGGCUAGAGGACCGCGUGCCCCAGAAGACCAUCCAGGAGAUGCAGCAGAAGCUGGAGGAUUUCCGCGACUACCGGCGCGUGCACAAGCCGCCCAAGGUGCAGGAGAAGUGCCAGCUGGAGAUCAACUUCAACACGCUGCAGACCAAGCUGCGCCUCAGCAACCGGCCAGCCUUCAUGCCCUCCGAGGGCAGGAUGGUCUCGGACAUCAACAAUGGCUGGCAGCACCUGGAGCAGGCGGAGAAGGGCUAUGAGGAGUGGCUGCUGAAUGAGAUCCGCAGGCUAGAGCGGCUCGACCACCUGGCRGAGAAGUUCCGGCAAAAGGCCUCCAUCCACGAGGCCUGGACUGACGGGAAGGAGGCCAUGCUGAAACACCGGGACUAUGAGACAGCCACCCUGUCAGACAUCAAAGCCCUCAUCCGCAAGCACGAGGCCUUCGAGAGUGACCUGGCCGCACACCAGGACCGCGUGGAACAGAUUGCAGCGAUUGCCCAGGAACUCAACGAGCUGGAUUACUAUGAUUCCCACAAUGUCAACACUCGGUGUCAGAAGAUUUGUGACCAGUGGGACGCCCUAGGCUCUCUGACCCACAGCCGCAGGGAAGCCCUGGAGAAAACAGAGAAGCAGCUGGAGACCAUUGACCAGCUGCACCUGGAGUACGCCAAGCGGGCCGCGCCCUUCAACAACUGGAUGGAGAGCGCCAUGGAGGACCUGCAGGACAUGUUCAUCGUUCACACCAUCGAGGAGAUCGAGGGCCUGAUCUCAGCCCACGACCAGUUCAAGUCCACCCUCCCCGACGCCGACAGGGAGCGGGAGGCCAUCCUGGCCAUCCACAAGGAGGCCCAGAGGAUCGCUGAGAGCAACCACAUCAAGCUGUCUGGCAGCAACCCCUACACCACCGUCACCCCCCAGAUCAUCAACUCCAAGUGGGAGAAGGUGCAACAGCUGGUGCCAAAGAGGGACCGCGCACUUCUGGAAGAGCAGAGCAAGCAGCAGUCUAACGAGCACCUCCGCCGCCAGUUCUCGAGCCAGGCCAACGUGGUGGGGCCCUGGAUCCAGACCAAGAUGGAGGAGAUCGGACGCAUCUCCAUUGAGAUGAACGGGACCCUGGAGGACCAGCUGAGCCACCUGAAGCAGUACGAGCGCAGCAUCGUGGACUACAAGCCCAACCUGGACCUGCUGGAGCAGCAGCACCAGCUCAUCCAGGAGGCCCUCAUCUUCGACAACAAGCACACCAACUACACCAUGGAGCACGUGCGCGUGGGCUGGGAGCAGCUGCUCACCACCAUCGCCCGCACUAUCAACGAGGUGGAGAACCAGAUCCUCACCCGGGAUGCCAAGGGCAUCAGCCAGGAGCAGAUGCAAGAAUUCCGGGCGUCCUUCAACCACUUCGACAAGGACCAUGGCGGGGCGCUGGGGCCCGAGGAGUUCAAGGCCUGCCUCAUCAGCCUGGGCUACGACGUGGAGAACGACCGGCAGAAGCAGACAGGCAGCAUGGACUCCGAUGACUUCAGGGCUCUGCUUAUCUCCACAGGAUACAGCCUGGGCGACGCUGAGUUCAACCGCAUCAUGAGCGUGGUCGACCCCAACCACAGCGGCCUUGUGACCUUCCAAGCCUUCAUUGACUUCAUGUCAAGGGAGACCACUGACACAGAUACCGCUGACCAGGUCAUCGCCUCCUUCAAGGUCCUGGCCGGGGACAAGAACUUCAUCACGGCCGAGGAGCUACGGAGGGAGCUGCCCCCCGACCAGGCCGAGUACUGCAUCGCCCGGAUGGCGCCCUACCAGGGCCCCGACGCCGUGCCCGGGGCCCUCGACUACAAGUCCUUCUCCACGGCCCUCUACGGGGAGAGUGACCUGUGAAGCCCUGCCUGGGAACCCCGAUGCCCGCUUCACGGCCUCCCGGAGGGGCCGGGAGCCCCCCCUCCCCUGACUCUGUAUCUAUGCAAAGCACUCUCUGCCGGUCCUUGGGUGGGGUGGGCAGGGAGGGGCUGGGCGGGCUCUGUCCUCUCUCGUUGGUUGGCCAGGAGGUCCCCCCAUCAGGUGGGGGAAGGGAGACUUUUGGGGUCAGCACCUCUGGUCAGGUAAAUAUAUAUGAUGCGUUGGUUUUUUUUAACCUAUGUGGAGGGGACAAUGGAUCCCCACAGCAACACAGGUCCCCUCUGUGCCCKGGGGACACCCCUCCACAUCCAGGUCCCUUCCUUUGCCCCUGAGGUCCUUCCAAGGCCUCCCACAUCCAGGCCAAAGCCCCAUGUGCCUUGUCCAGGAACCGCCCUGCCCUGCAAAGGGUCCAGCAGGGGGCACCACAGCUGCCCAGUGGACCACAGCCCCCCUGCUCCCCGCCCCCGCCAUCUGUGGUCCCAGGGGCCUGGUCUGGCAGCCGGCCCUCACCCCAGCACCAGCCCAGCCGGCCUUGGCCUUGUUUGGUCUGGUCUCAGAUUUUCUAAGGACCAAAACAAAACAAAAAAMCCCACAAAAACAGAACAAUAAAAAUUUAAAAAUCCACCAAAAAACAAAAAAAAAUUAAAAAUAAAUUUUAAAAAAACCUAAAAAAUUAAAAACUUUCAGAGAAUUACUAUUUACUUUAUUAACUUACGGAUUUAUUAUAUAAAUAUAUAUUCACCUAGCAACAUAUCUUUGCCGCCUCUCGCUCUCGUAAUGAAGACAUAGCUGAUUUGCUGCCCUCCCCGGUCCCUCACUGAUUUUUCUCCUCGUUUGGGUUGGGCAGGGGUCUCUGGGGGCCUCCUGAGGUGGAGGUGGGCUGCUGGACUGGCUGCCUGGUAGUUGAUGGUCCCCCCACCCCCUUUUGAGUUUAUUCUGAUUGAUUUUUUUUCUUGGUUUCUGGAUAAACCACCCUUUUGGGGACAGGAUAAUAAAACAUGUAAUAUUUUUAA